GCGGCCGCCCCGCUGAACCCUGGGGGGAAGGAAGGCUACUGCUGCUGCUCCUCCUCCUCCUCACCUUCGGUGGCGCCGCGGCUCGGGGAGGGGCGGGGGCUCCGCUCUCCCGCCCAGCCGCCCGCCUGGUGCUGAGAGGAGGGAAGAGGACGGGAAAGGCGGCCGUAGCGGACGGGGGGCCCUGCCGCCGCCUCCUCCCGGAGGCGGGGUGGGGUGGCAGCCCCUUUUUUCCGACAUGGGCUCGCAGGCUGCCCGCGAAGGCCUCUGAGCGCCCUCCCUCCGCCGCCUCUCCCCGGGUCGGGAGAGGCCUCCUGUGGCGCCAGCACGGCCAGAGGCAGGAGGAGGAGGAGCGGGCGGGCGGCCAUGGCCAGUCCCGCCAAGUGGGAGCGCCUGAGGCCGCUGCGGCCGGACACGCUGCGUGUGAGUGAGCCACCAAUGAUCAACGUGAAUGUGGACGAUGAUGUACAGUUUGUGAGAAGAACUCUAAAGGUCAAAAAGCCUCGGUUUGAUGCAUCUUUGGUUUAUUUGACCCGAAAAUUCAUGGAUCUUGUCAAAACAGCUCCACAUGGUGUCCUUGAUUUAAAUGAAGUAGCAACAACACUUGGAGUACGAAAACGAAGAGUUUAUGACAUCACCAAUGUAUUGGAUGGAAUCCACUUAAUUCAGAAAAGAUCUAAGAAUCUUAUCCAGUGGGUAGGUUCUAAUUCUGACCAAGUUGCACCAGAGGACCAACACCUUAAAGAUGAAGUUUCAGACUUGUCAGCCAUGGAAGCAGCUCUGGAUGAAUUAAUCAAGAAUUGUGCUCAUCAGUUAUUUGAACUAACAGAUGACAGAGAAAAUGCGAAACUAGCUUAUGUGACAUAUCAGGAUAUCCGUAGCAUUCAGGCAUUUCAAGAACAGAUUGUGAUUGCAAUCAAAGCUCCAGAGGAAACCAAACUGGAAAUACCAAUUCCUAAAGAAGAUUGCAUAGAAGUGCAUGUGAAGAGCACAAAAGGACCCAUUGAUGUGUAUCUAUGUGAGGUGGAACAAGAGGAGCCAGGUGCCAAAACUUUUGAAGACGUGGAUACUGUCACUUACGGAAUCGAACCAUCAGUUCCUCCUGAUGAAGUGAGAUCUCCGAGGGAAGAAGAAAACCUAACCACCUGAGAUGACAGAUUAAUUACAACUCAGAAAUCUAAUACAGAAUGUAAAUAUGUGUUACAGAGCUUUUCCAAAGCCUCUUGGAUCUGCAAACUUACCUGAACUGUUCCAAAGUGUUUGAAAUUUAAAAGAGCAGUCAGUGGGUUGGUUGAGCGCUUUCACAGGAUUGCUUAUCUUCCCAAGACAAGACGACAGUUCCUAGAGUUGUUUUUAGGAGCUUUGUUUUCAUAAUUGCAUGUGACCUACAGGGCUUUGGGAAAACGGUAUUUCUAGCUUAAUAAAUAAUAUUAACUGGUGGAGAACAUAGGCCGUUAAUUACUUCUAAAAAUGAGGAUUUGAAAACUAUUUCCAGAACGGUCGGCAAUCCUUAUGAGAAUGUAUAUAAUAAAAGAAAAGCACUUUUCAGUUCUGAGGCUGCACUGCUAUUGAGUGGGAUUGUCAAAUACGAGUGUAACAAAGAGCUGGUGUAUCGGAAGCCUUCACCGUACGGAACAAGGUGUAAAUAUCAUGAGAGUUAUGCCUUACACUGUGUAGAUGCUGUUUGCAUUGUUUGCAUCCAGCUCUGCGUGAGCUAUGGUGUCAACACUGAAGUUAAAUGGUUGGGCUUUUUGUAUAUAUCUGUAUCAUGUCGAGGUAGUUACUGAUGUAGAUUUAUUGAGGUGGGUUGCAUUUCUGCCUUUGUACAACAAAGAAAUAAAAUAACCUUAUAAAAAUAUUAAA